AUGCCUGCCGCUUGUUCGUCACAUGGCCAUCUGAUGAACGUUUUGGAGCGUCCACAAGCGUGUGGAUGUACUACGAGUGAGUGCGAUGGCCUCACUUGUGGUACGGUCGUUAGUACGACUGCACAAAACCUUAGUGUACCAAACGGUUACACUUCGGAGCAAAGUUCCGGCGGCUGUGAGGAAACACAGGCUGCGCCGAAGGUCCACCACUCGAACAAGUCGGGUGGACUGGGACAAAGAUGGAUCCCUAGCGGGGAACAUCUAGAAGAGAAACAAUCGAUCGCUCAGGUUAAGCGAAACGAUAAUCCUAGAUCGACUGGAGAGUCUUUCGUAGAGGAUCUCGCUGUGGUUGCGCAACCCCAGCUAGAGGAAGUAAAGGGAAUAAGUCCCAAGAUUACAAAUACGGCGGAAAUAAGUUCCCCGAAACCCGCGGGAAUAAGUCCCCGGGAAGACGAAGGAAUAAGUCCUUCGAAGCCUGAGGGAAAAAGUCCCCAGGAAAUGACAGAGACAUUGAAUGUCAUAGUCAAUAACGGAUCAAGUGUAGGCGCUUAUACACUUGAUCUGAGUGCGCCUCCGAAGUUGACUUCGGAGAUCACUCAGUUGCCAACGCUCGAACAUAAAAGGUUCUUGCGUGAUCUGCGUAGUGGCAAAGUCAAGCAAAUCUGCAUACUCGUCGCUGACGACGAGUGUGUAACCGACAUAAGGUCAGCAACAGUGUUUACUGAGAACGAGAGAGUUCUCAGUAGUUCAUCUAUGGACGAAAGUGUCCUAGAUGAAAAGACACGAAUUGAGCGAUAUGACUCCCAAUCGUGGGAAUCGCUCAAGACAGAUCCUCUCUAUGAAGAUUUGAUUGAAUUCAAGGAUGUAUUCCCUGAAACUGUUCCGUGCGAAUUACCGAAGGAUAAAGGUAUUCGACACGAAGUCGAGCUUAAACCAGGCUCGAAGUACUGUGUCAUGAAGCAGUGGCCACUGCCUCGUGAACAAGUAAUUGCGAUCGACAAGUUCUAUGCCGAUCGUUUAGCUGCGGGCCAUGUGAGGGCAUCAACUUCCCCACAUAGCUCUUCGACCUUCUGUGUGCGAAAAGCAACAGGAGGGUGGCGGAUAGUGCACGCGUUCAACAAAUUGAACGCUGCAACGGUACCGGCUCAGACGCCGAUACCGAGUAAGGACGUAAUCAUUGAUGGUAUGUCAAAGAGUACCAUCUUUUCGUCCAUGGAUUUGAUGGAUGGCUUCUAUCAAAUCCUUAUGCGGGAACGGGAUGUACCCUAUACCGUAGUUAGCACGCCUAGCGGCAUGCUCUGGAAAUGGCUAGUAAUGCCACAAGGGCUCAGUAAUGCCCCUGCCAUGUUCAACAGAUGUGUUUCACAUCUGUUGAGACCAGUGAGAGAAUUCGCGCCGAGUUAUUUCGAUGACGCAUUCAUCCAUAGUCGAGCUAUGGAUGGAAAGUCGGACGUUGAGGUUCACAGGUACCACGUCCGACAAGUUCUUACAAUCAUGCGAAAGCAUCAAUUGUAUGCAAACCUCAAGAAGUGA